GUAUUUGUUUGGCUUGCCAGACACGGAGAGAAAGACAUCAUGUAGUGUAAAAAUAAGUGUGACGUCUUCGCACUGAACGCCACUUAAAAUGAUGGACUGACUGCACCACAAUAAAGGGACAAAUCCGCUGGCUCUGGAGUCAGAGAGAAAGAGUGGGGAGCGAAUGGAUGGAGCAAAAACAGAGAGCAUGAGAGAGAGAGAGAGAGAUGAAGGGAAUUAACACCCGUGGAAAGUAUGCUGCAGGGAGCUCUUGAUAACACAGCUGCCUCAUUGCACAGCUCAGCUGAUUUAGAUUUUCCAUCCCGCUCAUGAAGGGAGGGAGUUCAGGGCGUGAGAGAGGAUCACAGUUGUGUGUGAUAGAUUACAGUUUUCCAGCUCUGCAUGCCCAGCAGGAAUGUGUCGGAACGGCGCAGACUGAGGUUGGUAAAACUGAGUUUAGGUUAUAGUCAGCAGUGACACACGUUUUCCAGUCCUUGUGCUCUUGGUGUCAGUGCAGAUGAGUCAGCACAGACAGCAAGGAAGGAGGACUGAUGUUUCACUCCCUCCCUUCCUGAAGGGGGUGGGCCUGUCACUGUGCCGCUGAGGCGCUUACAUAAAGAGCAGAGAGCACACGAAUGUGACUGAGCCUCAAAGACGUUUAAUCAGUGGUGAAAAAACUCAUGGUCCCUUCCAGAAGAUUCUUUUUGGACAACACAGCUUUCCUAUGCUCUGUUAACAAGUCAGCGUGCCUCCAUCGUAUCACUUUUUUUCGCUCUCUUUCUGCUGGUUUUGAUGUGUUGCUCAUUUCAGCUGUGACCUAUUUCCGGCAUCAAACUCUUCCUUCAACUACAGCCUUGACUUCAACAGACGGCGAAAAGAGGAAGAUAGAAGAGAAAGAAAAGUACACUUAACUGCAAAAUUGAGAAAGACAAGGAUUUAUUUCUGAUCCAGGUCUCAUUCUGCUCUCACGCUGGGGAAGGCAAAACGGACCCCUUUCAGAUUUCUCACUCCUGAAGUCCUCUGCAGAAUUCAGCGAGCAUCCAUCAUGCACCUGAAAACCAUGAAGUGCAACCGCUUCUGCCUUAUCGCAUCCAUAGAGGAUCUGGAUAUGUUUAACAGACCAGAGGCCAGGGCUAGUUUUGAAGAGCUCUUCCGCUCUUUUGAUGGUGAAGUUACCUUUCAAUAUUUCAAGAGCUUCAGGCGAGUGAGAAUUAACUUCAGCAAUGCUCUGGCAGCCGCAGAGGCGAGAGCAAGGCUCCACAAGAGCAACUUCAAUAGCUCAGAGCUCCGACUUUAUUUUGCCCAGUCAGUACAUAUAGGAAGUGCACGACUGGAGCCUCCUAAACCAGAGAAGCAGUUCCUACUCUCUCCACCUCCAUCUCCUCCUGUGGGAUGGGAACAGGCUGGGGAUGCCACACCGGUCAUCAACUACGACCUUCUCUGUGCUAUCGCCAGACUUGGCCCAGGGGAGAAAUACGAGCUACACUCUGGCACUCCCACUACCCCCAGCGUGGUGGUACACGUGUGUGAGAGUGAUCAGGACAGUUCUGGUGCCGAGGACGAUACGGACAGCUUCAGACGGCCGCGACCUAAAAUCAUCCAGACCCGGCGUCCAGAUUACAGCUCCUCCAUCACCCAGUGAGCAUGAGGAGUAUGUCCUUGUGCUGUUAAGUUUGAUUUGCUAAGUCUCGGGACUGUUGGUGUGCAGGUAUUCUGUCCCCAUUGCGGAAGCGUUCGGUCAAAGCUCAGCCCUGCAGAGAAAGAUACACUACAUCUGCACUGUCUUUCAGGGGAAAGUGAGUUUAUUGCAUGCAUUUGUUGAUUAAAGUGACUCAUUUCUCCAAAUCUAAAGGUCAAGGGGGUUUCAUGGAUGGUUUCCAUUGAUGUCUAUGGCUACAGAGAACAAAAGCCUCCUGUUGUGACUUGAUUUAUUUCCUUUAAUUUGAGAAGCAUGUUUUAGGGCAGUGCAAGGUGCACUUUUAUGCUGGAAUUUGUUGUCAUGGUUUUGGUUUUUAUUUGAUCAACAAUCUCAUUUCUAUACACAAUGUUUUCUUUAAUGUUGACAUCUGUGGAAAUGUGAGGCAAUAUUACAAAGCCUUUGUGUGAAUGUUCAUUAAUCUUAGACUUUGAACAUUUGUGGUAAUGUUUAUAUAUAUAUAUAUAUAUAUAUAUAUAUAUAUAUAUAUAUAUAUAUAUAUAUAUAUAUAUAUAUAUAUAUAUAUAUAUAUAUAUAUAUAUAUAUAUAUAUAUAUAUAUAUAUAUAUAUAUAUAUAUAAUGUUGGUUGUAAGGAAUGACAAGGAAGUGAAAAUACAGAUUUAAUUUACUAAGCUUCCUUUCUCAAAAAUCAUGUUAUAUGUUGAAUAAACCACUUGUUUACCACAGAUUUGACAAGUGUUUUUGGUCAGUAGGAAAGAAAUAUUUAUUGGACAUCCUGACACAUUAUCUUGAUGAUAGUAUUUGUAUGGAAAUACCUUCUCAUGACUGAAAUGUGCAUUAAUUUCCUUCGACCAUAACACUGUAAUGCUAUCAGUUUUAAUGACAGACAACCUUUAUGCCCUUUACUAGGAUUUGCACAGGUUAAAUUUGUUACAUGGUAAAAGUCAUCGUACUAAUGUCUGCUUUAUUCGGACUGUUCGUGUUGUUUAACUGUGUAUGUAUGCUUACCUCAUUGUAAUGUCUUAUCUGUCUGACUGUUCAGAAAUCUGAAAGAACCUGCUUGGUUUCCACAAAGUUGUUGAUUCGGUAAUGAUUUGGAUGUAUGUAUUGUGAUUUGUACCUUAAUAACCAAAAUAAUAAAUCAGGAUUUUGACUUGUA